AUGGAACUCUUCCCGGAGUUAGACUUUUCAUUUUUGGAGGAUUUAUGUCAAAAUAUAGUGCCACUAUUUGAGUCGAAAGACGGACAAGGGUCCAACCAACAACCAAACAGCGUACAAGUGCACCCAGAGAAUGAUAUAGGUCAAAAUAAUCCAGAGCAAUAUCAACAAGUGAGUCAAAGUCAGGUGGAGAACGUUUCGAUGCAGCACACACCAAUAAACAAUUUUCAAUGGCAGCAACAAUAUAAUAUAAAUCAAGUAGUGCAACUAAAUAUUCCGAAUGGAUCGAACGUGGAUCAGAACGAUUUAACACAAAGUAUGCAACAACAACAACAACAACAGUAUGAACCGGUGAAUACUCUUCACCAGUUAUCUAGUCCCUCGACACAAUAUCAAGUUCUAAAAGAGAACACGUCAAAUUAUCAAAAUAAUAACCAGUUUCAAGUGGCGCAAAGGGAACAAAAUAAAGUUAUUAAUGGAACAAAUUGUAAUUUGAAACCAUUAAAAAGUGUACGAAGUGCACCUUAUCAAUUACCGAGGACUACUACCAAUAUCUCGGCACAAUAUCCAGUGUUGAAAAACUUGAAAGUUCAACAACAAAAUAAUUUGCACUUCGUGACGCAACAUAAUGUACAAUUUGAAUACCAAUCAUGUCCAACGAAAAGCAACGAAGUAGUCGGAAGUGUACAACCUUUUGAGUCUAAUAGUUCAUCAUAUAAUUUAGCAACCGAUAGACCGAUGAAUAAUAACUCAGAACAGCACCAACUAUCGGAAAACAUAAAGUUUCAGUACCACGAUAACCUUCAAUGUGUACAAAAUCAACAAAUCACUUCAGAAAACCCAGUGCAACAAAAUUCAAAUGUUCACGUACAAUUUCGGCAAGUUAAAAAAGAACAAGGAACUGAACAUUUUAAUCCAAUUUCGAAGCCAGUUGAUGUGCAGGUCACUCAAAAACAAAAAAGAAAUCGAACCGCUUACACGUCAAAACAACUUGUCGAGCUGGAAAAGGAGUUCGAAAGAAGUUCAUAUAUAACCAGACCUGUCCGAAUUGCUCUUAGCAACAAUCUAAAUUUAUCAGAGCGCCAAGUCAAGAUAUGGUUUCAGAAUAGAAGAAUGAAGAAAAAAAAGGAAGAUAAACAAAAAAACGAAUUACCUUCUUCAAAUACGUAA